UAAUUGAACACUGAAAAGAGAUCCAUUGUGGAAGAAUUCAAAUCAAAGCUGUGUCUGCCAAGCUAGUGAAGACGACAACGAGUCUUUCCCACGGUGGACAGACCAUAUGUUCUAGUGGUCUAGCUUCCUCACGUCCAUUGCAUGAAUCCGGUCACCGCCCCGCCCUGAGCCCCAGCUGUGCCGAGCGGCGGAGGAUCGAUGGGUGCCGUCACCCGCCAUCCCAUCUGCUUCCCCGCCUCCCCUGCUCUCAACCCCAUACGCCACCACCCGCGAGUCGUCUUCUCUUCGUCUUCCUCUUCUCCUUGGUUCGAGCUCGCGGGGAAUCGGCGGAUUCUUCUCUCAUCGGGGCGUCGGGCUGUUCGAUUUCGUCCUCUGCAGGCGGCGAUUUCGGCCCGAAGAGAAGAUGUAUUCGACCCUGAGCUGAGGCCAGUGCUUGAACUGGCUACCGAUGAUGAACUGUAUGAGCUGCAAAACAUUCUUUUUGGGCCAAGGAAUUUGUUGUAUUACUCUUUAUCUGGAACCCAUUUUGGAAUAGCUAAAGCUUUUCAUGAUAUUUUUGCUAUGCUCGAUAACCAGCUACUUUACCAGCUGUUAAGGUUUAAAAUUAUUCCUUUUAAAACCAGCCAUGAGAAAAUCUUGACUUUCUCUGGUACAGAUUCCCUUUCUCUCCUAUCCCUCUUCAAUGUGGGUAUCAGAUUCUUUUUCUUUUUUCUUUUUUUUUUUGUGAUUUUUGGAUUUGUUUCUGAAAUCAGCAAUGAGAUGGGCCCCGUUUCUUUUCCAUGGGAUGACACCAAGAUUUCAAAUGGUCAUGGAAGUCUUGAAGUUGGACUGAGCCAGUGGAAGGUGCACACCUUUUCUGCAUUGAGAUUUGGGGCAAAACAACUCCAGCAAAUAUUUCUGAAGGGUGGCGGCAUGUUAACAGUGACAAAGAUUUAUGAAAUGGUAGCUCAGAACCUAUCUGGAAAGAUGCUUUUGGAGGCUGCAAACUAUGAGAUAAAGCAUGAGAUUAUAAAACGGGGUGGACAAUUGGCAGCUGUCAGCCUGGAGUCCAGAGCAGCUGCUCUUGCUGCAAGACAGGGCUUGUGUCGGGCUGCAACACAAUAUCUUGGGCUUAGGAGUUUGAUGAUGUUACUGGGGCCACUGAUGUGGGGGACAUUCCUGGCGGAUAUCGUAAUUCAAAUGCUUGGCACUGAUUAUGCUCGGAUUCUGCGGGCAAUCUAUGCCUUUGCUCAGAUCCGCCUCACGUGAACAUAUGGCUGGACGUCCAAACAAUGAUUAAUGAGUUGACCAUUUUCCAUUUUGCAUAUCAACUUCAUGUCAGCCUGGGUUAACUUAGCACAUAUUGGAUUAAUGGAAGCCGCCACCAUGCUGUUCAUAUUAUGGUGGGCACUGCCCCUUUUUCUGAGCUCUGUAUUUUCUGUAUUUUUUUUAAAUUUUUUUGUAGAUUAUAGCUUCUUUGAGCCAACUUCCUUCAACAUCAUGUUGUGUAUGAAAUAAAAAACAUUCUACAAAGCAGCUUGGAAUAAUGUAGUUUGACUGGUGGAGAGAUUCAACAUUUGCCUGCUUGGAAAAAUUUGUGACUGGUGGAAUAACAAGGAUAAUUCUCUGAUCUCUUAAU